AUUACAAUUACCACAGCACUAGAGUUACUCGUACCUGAUCUGAUGCACUAAUUCGAGCGAGUCUUGGACCGUGGUUGACUUUGAGGAUGCGAUCACUUUUGACCAUUUUGUGUUUUCUUUCUUUUGGUUACAUGUUCAUAUCUACUUACUUUCUAUUAAGACUAUCGCUCGCUUCUAUGAUGAUGCCAGGAAUGAUUGACUUGUUUUCUUAUUAUUUACCUUACUUUCUCUCUCUCUCUCUCUCUCUCUCUAUAAGUGUGUGUGUGUGUUUCUGAUUCUCUCUUAAUCUAAUCUAAUAUAUAAUAUAAUAUAAUAUAACAACAUACCCUUCCACUCAUGACAGCCA